CAGAGCGUGCAGGAGACUCAAGAACUUCACUUCCUCUGGAUAGACAUCUGAAGCUUUCAGGUCUUCUGCUGUGUGUUUUGUUUUGUUUGUACACAAACUCUAUGGAUUUGAACUCCAUCCUCUUCCUCAGUGCCAUUCUGAUGAUGGAACAGAAAGUCUUCACAGCCUCCACAGUCCCCAUGUCUCAGGCUCGGAGAGGUUCACCCUCUCAGCUCGGCUCCAAGCCUCCACAUCGUGAGAAACGCUGCUCCUGUGAGAACCUGAAGGACAGAGAGUGUGUGUACUUCUGCCACAUCGGAAUUGUUUGGGUCAACACACCCAGUCAGGUGGUUCCAUACGGCGUCGGUUUCCUCCAGAUGCGCACGAGAAGACAGGUGGAGCGAUGCUUUUGCAAAGAUCGCAGAGACACCGAGUGUGUGAAGUUCUGCUCUCGCAGAGGUGAAAAUACAAGCCUGAGAUCCUCACCAAGAUCCUCACUCUUAAAGAACAGUCUACAACCAAGGUGAAGGACAGGAGAUCCAGACGCUGAGGAACCAUCAGGAACAAGAAGAAGAAGUAGAAGGAGGAGAUGAAGAACAUAUUUGCACUCUUUACAAAAUAAUCACUACUGCACCAAAUAAAACCUAUAACAUUUUAUAAAGAGAAGAAAGAACCGGCUCCGAGUGAAGAUGUGACAUGAAGAUGGUGUUGGAUUUGCAGUGUUUAUGAUCAUAUUUCCAGGAGCUCUGUGUUUGUCUGACAGCAUGUCAUAUUUUCUAAACUAAUGCAAGAAAGCACUCGUGUAAAUAUCAGGACAUCUCCAGCUCAAGACCAACAAAGAACCUUCAUCAGCUGGAACCAAGGAGUCAGGAUCAACCCUGAAAUGAUGUGGUCCUCAUGGUUUAUUCAUCAGAUUUAUUAGAAGAAGACAUUAAGAUUAUAGAGUAAACAGCAACUAGACCUGCACUCUCUUGGGCUAAAGGAAAGUCACCUGCUUGUUCUAUCUGUCAUGAACAUGUAAACUGGCUGUGUGUGUGUGUGUGUGUGUGUGUGUCUGGGCAGCAAGUGAACAUUUUGUCCUCAAAGUUGAUGUGUUAGAAGCAGGAAAAAUGGACAAGCGUAAGGAUUUGAGCGAGUUUGACAAGGGCCAAAUUGUGAUGGUGGAUAGACCACUGGAUCAGAGCAUCUCCAAAACUGCAGCUCUUGUGGGGUGUUCCCGGUCUGCAGUGGUCAGUAUCUAUCAAAAGUGUCCUUUAAGUCCUGUAAGUUAAGUCUUGUGGAGGUCGCACCUCGCAACUUAGGGGGACUUAAAGGAUCUACUGCUAACAUCUUGGUGCCAGAUAUCACAGCACACCUUCAGGGAUCUAGUGGAGUCCAUGCCUCGACAGGUCAGGGCUGUUUUGGCAGCAAAAGGGGGACCAACACAAUAUUAGACAGGUGGUCAUAAUGUUAUGCUGAUGGGUGUACAUGCACUAGGGACCUCUACUGCUCUAGAUGUAUCCUUUCAAUCCCUUUUUGUUUACACACGAUUGUGUAAGUCAAAUUUUUAAUAGAUCCUGAUCAUUGUCAUAAACAUAUGAAGAAAUAUUAAAUGUGUAUUAAGAGUUUUUUAUCAAAUGUUUUGGACUGUAUAAAUGAUAUAUGAUGUGUGUGUGUGUGUGUGUGUAUAAUAUAACAGAUAUAUGAUCUAUGUGUGUGCAUGUGUAGGUGUGUGCAUAUAUUAAACACAGCAACAUGUAGAUAAAGAAUAUUGCUGGAAUUACAGAAGUCUAGACUCUGUCAUUAACUUUUGUAAAAGAUUUAUUUAUUUUGUUUG